AUGGACUACUACUCAAAGGAUGGCCAGUUGGAUAAAAUCACGAAGGAUGUUGAUAAAACCAAAUUGGCAAAAAAUGAAGGAAAGGAGAAAGAAGAGCUUCUGAAGAUAAAGAAACCCCCUGAUGAAGAGCAGAAAGCUACCGAGAUCCAGGCCUGGUGGCGGGGUACCCUGGUGCGCCGGGCGCUGCUGCACGCGGCGCUCAGGGCCUGCAUCAUUCAGCGCUGGUGGAGGCAGAGACUGGAGAGGCGGCUGGAGGAGAGGCGGCGGGCCGUGCUGGCGUCCUAUGCUCGGCCAAACUGGGCCGCGGUCACGCUCCAGUCCUGGGUCCGCAUGUGGCGCAUCCGCCAGCGUUACUGCCGUUUGCUCCACGCGGUCCGCAUCAUCCAGGGGUACUGGCGCUGGCAUAACUGUCAUGCCUGUGGCUUUGUCCAGGGCAGGUACGAACUCACAGCCAACCAGCUGGGCGUGGAACUUGAAAUCUUUCUGGGGUCACAGAUUUGUCGGAUUACGAACUGCAUCCCCUUCCAAAUAAAGAACUGA